ACCAGUUAUGAUGAAAAAGAGUCAAGUAGAGGAAAAGGGAAGUCAUACAAAUGAUUCUGACGUGGAUGAGGAAGAGACUGAGCCUCUACUAAAAUAUGUGCGGAUGCGUAAUGAUGUUGUUAAUAUUUUACAAAAAGAUGCUGCUAGCUGCAUUGUUGCUCAUCCUAAGUUUUUAUGUUUGGGCUCACAUUGGGGCACAAUUCAUAUACUUGACCAUCAAGCUUCGUGUAGUAACGAUGGAAGAGUUUUUAUUUAUGGACUGUACAGCACUGAAAAUAACCACAAUAUAAGCACUGGUCACUGGGUUAAGAGCAUAGCUAUUGAUCCACUGUAUUACAAAAGUGGCAGUGGAAGAAAGUUUAUCAUUGGAAAAGACCAAUUAGUUAUGUAUGAAAAAACUUUUUUGUCUCGCAUAAAAUCAACUGUUCUGUGGGAAGCAGAAGGAAGCGUGCGUGCUAUAGCAUGGGCUGGACACUUUAUUGCAUGGGCCUCUGACACUGGUGUAAGAGUAUAUGAUUUGAAUGAUAGAAGCUCUCUAGGACUAAUCAAGUGGACUGAAAGUUCAGAAACAGUGCCAGAUCAGUAUAGAUGUAAUCUCAUGUGGAGUAAUGAUAGAACUUUAUUGAUUGGAUGGGUAGAUACUGUCAGAAUAUGUCGAAUAAAAAAGUGUUUUAAUCACGAAUCAGGGAAUCGGGAUUUGUCAUCAUUUGUUAUAGAACCAGUUUCUACAUUUCGAGUGGAUUUUUACAUAUCUGGCAUUGCACCACUGGAUAAUCAAUUAAUCUUAUUAGGAUGCUACAAAGAACUAUCGAAGGAUGGAAAACGGCAGCGACCUACUUUGUACAUUAUUGAACCAAAAUAUCAAGACUUUAACAUCGUUUGUGAAAAUUCUCUUUCAUUACGUGGAUAUGAGGAAUACAGUUGCAAUGAUUAUCAUUUGGAUUGCUUAAUUGAAGAAAACAGGAAUCCUAUAUCCACUGGCUAUUCGACAAAGCUUCAGCCAUUGUACACUGAGCCGUUAGUUAUUGUGGGUGUAGAGCCCAGUGAUACUUAUAGAUUAAAAAAAUUAAAUGAAGCUGGAGAUCGAGGCUUUGAAACAACGGCCAGUGUCAGUCAGCUGAAGGUUUGGACUGGAUAUAAUGACGAUGUCAGCUAUCGGCGCCAGGAAGAACGUGAAACUUUCAAGAAGCAAACUAAUGAGUUGCAAGCACAAAUAUUACAGUUACAAGCCGCACAACAGGGUCCUCAGGUGCCUGCAGACUUGACCUUAGCUUUGCAAGGAAUCGGAAUAGUCAUGCAGAGAUAA